AUGCCAACCACAGCAGCCUCUCCCUCGUUACCAGAAAAGACAUCUGGAAGAGCCAAAUAUGUUGUAGGUGUAUGUGCCAUGGAUAGAAAGGCAAGAUCAAAGCCAAUGCGACACAUCUUGAACAGAUUGUUGGCACACGGCGACUUUGAGAUUGUCAUCUUUGGUGACAAAACUAUCUUGGAUGAAGAUGUCGAGAAUUGGCCUGGUUGCGAUUUCCUCAUCUGCUUCUUUUCCGGCGGGUUUCCUAUGGAGAAAGCAGUUGCCUACACCAAAUUAAGAAAGCCAUUUGCAGUCAACAAUGUGCAUAUGCAAACAUUACUGUGGGACAGACGAGUGGUGUUGUCGAUCUUGGAUGCCAUUGGUGUCCCUACACCUCCUCGUUUGGUGGUUUCAAGAGACGGUGGCGCAAAAGUAGACGCUGAUGCUGCUGCUGCAUUCAAGGAAUGUACCGGCAUGGACAUCGAUCGUGUGCUGGCCCGAUACGCUUCCAACACAAAAUCUGUCAAUAUGUCGGAUGAAGGUAUCGAAGUGGAUGGCGAGUAUCUCGGAAAGACAUUUGUCGAGAAGCCUGCUGACGGUGAGGAUCACAACAUCAACAUUUACUACUCUCAAAAGAAGGGUGGCGGUGGAAGAAGACUGUUUCGAAAGAUAGGCAACAAAUCCAGCCAGUACGAUCCUGAAUUGAACUCGCCCAGCACCGAGGGAUCUUGGGUGUACGAAAAGUUAAUGGAGACGGAGAGCUUUGAAGACAUCAAAUUAUACACGGUGGGCCCUCAAUUUGUCCAUGCCGAAACAAGAAAGUCGCCUACUGUAGACGGCCAUGUGAAGCGUAACACAGAUGGGAAGGAAAUCCGAUAUUGCGCUAAACUGACGCAAGAAGAAGAAGAUAUCGCCAGAAAAGUGUCAAAGGCUUUUGGACAGGCUGUCUGCGGCUUGGAUAUUCUAAGAGUGCAGGGCAAAUCCUAUGUGAUUGAUGUCAAUGGCUGGAGUUUUGUCAAGGGAAACGACUUUUACUAUGACCAAUGCGCUAAAAUCCUAAAGGAGGCCUUUUACAGAUCCGUUCAAGAGAGACCCUUAUCAUUGGCAGAUCAAAUUCCACCCGAAAUUUCACCUGAAAACUCAUGGCGUCUCAAGGGAUUUGUCGCCGUGUUCCGUCAUGGUGAUCGCACGCCCAAGGAAAAGCUCAAAAUGACCAUCAUGGAACAGCCAUUCAUCGACUUGCUGGAGGGAUCCAAGCGCGAGGUAGUGUUUAGACAAAAGCAUCAAUUGGAAUCCGUCAUCAGAGCAUUGGAUCAGUGCCUGGAAUCACCCACAGCCGAGAACGAAGACAAGCUGAGAAAUCUAAAAGAGGUCUUGGAAAAGAAGCAUGUGCUCGCUGGCACCAAAGUUCAACUGAAGCCCAAGUUUGAUAAAAACACCAGGGAGCUCAUCAAAUUGCAAGUGAUUGUCAAGUGGGGAGGAGAGUUUACGCACGCUGGUCGUCACCAAUCCAGAGAUUUGGCAGAAAACUUGAGAAAGGACAUGAACAUCCUCAACAGAGAAGUGCUGGAGGAUGUCAAGAUCUACAGCAGCUCAGAAAGACGAGUGCGUGAUACAGCCCAAGUCUUUGCUCGUUGGUUCCUGGGUGACCCUGAUACGCUGGAGGGCGUCAUCUCUGAAAGCAAGUACUUGUUGGAUGAUAGUAACGCAGCCAAAGAUCAAGCAGAUGCCGUCAAACGUCAACUCAAGGGACUGUUGAGGCCUGGAAACGAUAUCCCCGAGUGGAUGCUGGCUCAGAUGGGCUGGUCUGCCAAGCUGCCUCAGCCUUAUGUGAUUCUUCAAGAGAUAUCCACCAUCAUGGGUCGUAUGCAGCGUGUCAUGCAUGAAAACUGGGCGACCAAAGAUGUAGACAAUAUCCAAAGAAGAUGGUGCUGCUUCGACUCGCCCAUGCUGUUCAAGGAGAGAUGGGAAAAGAUGUUUCGCAAUUUUGCGUCCAUACAGACAGGCGAUGAAAGUGAUGAGUCUGAACUGAGACGUGCCAUGCACCCCGAGACAUAUCCUGAUCCCUCCUGGAUUCCUGCCCUGUAUGAUUCACUCAAAUACGAUGCUCUACACAACAGGCCCUUCCUUCAAGCCAUGUUUACUGACGAGACUAGCAGCAACAGCGAGGAUUUCGACAGUAACAGCGUCAACACCACCACCACCACCAACACCAACCUGCGUACAUCCUCGGAUUCCAACAGCGUGCCUGUAUUGAACAGAUGUGGCUCGGAUAUUCGCCGUUUAUACAAGACGGUCAAGAUCAUGUUUGAUUUCAUUGCGCCUCAGGAAUUUGGCAUUUCAGACACUGAAAAAAAGAACAUUGGCAUGCUGAUUAGUUUUCCGUUGCUCAAGAAGAUUUUAAGUGAUUUGGAUGACAUGAAAUCAGCCGAGAGUGCAAGAACCCGUCUCUACUUUACCAAGGAAUCGCAUGUGCACGCUUUACUGAACCUGAUUUACCUCUCGGGAGUGCCAACCAAGGUGCCUAGAAACACAUUGCCCGAAUUGGACUUCUUGACCCAGAUCACAUUUGAGCUGUAUGAACGUAACAGACAAAGUGUUUCUGAGAAGGAAUACUCACUUCGUAUCGGAUUUAGUUCCGGCGCUCAUUACAACAGUGUCUUGGAUCUACGCAUGGAUGCAGAGCAUUGCUUAAAAGUAGCUCCCAGAAGAAACCUGAUCCCACAUUUACUGCUGGAGGAAGUGCUGACAUACCAUAAAGGCUAUCUAAACGUGCCCAAUCUCAAGAGCAUUGAGGAGCAAAUUGAAGAAAGAAAGCUGUACUAUGCUCAAGAAGACAAUGAUCAAUAA